CUCGCGUGUGAUGUGUUUGUUUAUCCUCAGUGUUUUUCUCUCUUGAGUGUUUUAUUGAGUGUAAACAGAGUCUUGUCUCUGUGUAUUUUAGUGUUGAUGAUGGAUGUGAUGUGCUGUAAAUCAGUAGGAACUGAUCUGUCCAUGCUGGAUAUUGAUGAUUUCAUCACAGAAAUCUCUCAGCUGAAGAAAGAGGUGGCGUUACUGGAGACAAAGCUGAGGUUAAGAGGAGAUGAAGGACUGAAGAGAGAGGACUCCGAGCUCAGUCUGACUUUACUCUGUUAUACUGAGUCAAAGCCCACAGACGCUCAGGACACUACAGUGUGUGACAGUAAUCAGGGCUUACAGGAUGAGGAAUCUACUGAUCAAACCUCCACAGAGUCUCUGGAUUCUGUCUGGAACGCUGGAGAACAGCAGCAGAUCCUGCAGACCAAACUCAACAUGUGUUCAGUCAAACAGAUGGACAGUGGGAGCCAAAUGGGGAUAAAAACUGAAUCUACAGAGGAGAAAAAUUACAUUCAUGAUGAUUGUAUUCUUUCAGAUGAGAAGGGUUAUCCAUGUUGUGAUGGAGAAACAUCUUCAACAUCAAAAGAGCGACUGACAGCACAAACAGAACAGAAACUCUUAACCUGCUGGAGAUCUAAGAUCAGCUUUACAACCUUACAAGAGAAGAAACUUCAUUCAAAAGAACACAGAGAGAAGAAGAAGUUUCACUGUCAGCAGUGUGGGAUUGUUUGUGUCUCUUUAUCUAGUCUGAACAUUCACAUGAGGACACACACUGGUGAAAAGCCUUUCCACUGCGGUGAAUGUGACAAAUAUUUCCGCAGAAAACAAACUCUUGAUGCUCAUAAGAGAAUUCACACAGAAGAAAAACCAUACGAGUGUCCUUACUGUGAGAAGAGAUUUGAAGAAUCAUCAAGUCGUAAGAUGCACAUGCUUGUGCACAGUAACGAGAAACAGUUUCAGGGCAGUGAAUAUGGAAAAACAUUUAAGGAUUUAGAUUGUCAAAUGUCACACCAAACAACAAACUUUGGGGACAGACCCUAUCAAUGUUUACACUGUGAUAAACGUUUUCGGCAGAAAUCUAAUCUUACAGUCCAUGAGAGACUUCACACAGGAGACAAACCUUACCUGUGCUCUCAUUGUGGUAAGAGCUUCUCAGAUCCAUCUCAUUUUAGUAUUCAUCAGAGAGUUCACACUGGAGAGAAACCUCAUCACUGUAAUGUUUGUGGGAAGAGUUUCAGUCAACAGGGUACCUUACUAAAUCACCAGAGAACUCAUACAGGUGAAAGACCUUACAAAUGCUCUCAUUGUGAGAAGACAUUUACUGAGUCGGGUAACUUAAAAAUCCAUGAGAGAAUUCAUACUGGUGAUAAGCCUUACGUCUGCUCGAUCUGUGGUAGGAGCUUCACUGGUCUAAGUACAUUUAAAGCUCAUCAGAGAGUUCACACUGGAGAAAAACCUUACGUCUGCUCUCAAUGUGGAAAGAGCUUCACUAAUCAAAGUACUUUAAAAACUCAUGAGAGAGUUCACACUGGAGAGAAACCUUACAUCUGCUCCCAUUGUGAUAAAACAUUUUCUAAUCGAUCUCUUUUAAGAGUUCAUCAGAGAAUUCACACUGGAGAUAAACCUUAUGACUGUAGUGUUUGUGGGAGGGGUUUUAGGCAACGGGCUACCUUACUAAAGCACCAGAGAACUCAUGUGAAAGACCUUACAAAUUCUCUCAGUGUUUGACAAGAUAUUUACUCAAUCAGAUUCCUUAAAAAUUUACGGGAGAAAUCACACUGAAAAUAAACUUUACAUUUGCUCUCAAUGUGGAAAGAGCUUCUCUGAUCUAAGUACUUUUCAGCACAGCUAACAGAAGUUCUAAGAACUGUCCUCGAAAGUUCCCAAUGUUCCCAAAAACGUUAUGCCAGUAUUCAAAGUGUCCAGUUUCUUUAAUGUUUUAAGAACGUUUUUUGGUUGUGUAAAUGUUAGAGAAACGUAAAAAUUGGGUUAUAAAACAUCUUGCCAAAGGACUGCAGUUGAAAAGGACUGGCACAUUUACAGUAAUGUCGAUUAAUGUGUGUUGUCCUUAUAAAUAAAAUAAACAAACAAAGAACAAAAAAAGUAUAUUAUUUUCAAAUGUUAUGACAUUGACAAUGUCAUGUUUAAAUGUUAAAGUGGUCAUAUUAUGAGAUAAAAAAAAAGUAAAAUAAGUUUUUGGUGUCCCCAGAGUGCGUACAUGAAUUUUUAGUUCAGACAACCAAGAAACAUUCUUUAAAGAUAAAGAACUGAAUACUUUAUAUGUUGGCAGAACGUUUUUGGGAACGUUCUUAAAACGUCUCUCUGUUAGCUGGGAGAGCUGAAUAUGGUGCAUGUGCACCCAUGAUCUGUAUUCACACAUCCAUCCAGUACACACUACCAACAAAAAGCAUUUACAGUACAGAAUAUAUAAGCUUCUUAUUAGUUAAUGUUUAUAUCAGUUUUAAAUGUGAUUGUGCAUACUUUUGUUGUUUUAAAUGAAAAAGCAAAUAAUUUCAUAAGCUCAUGCCUCCCUCUAGUGCGUAGGAGGCAAUGUUAUAUUAUUUUUCAUAAAAUGAUAACAACACUGAAGAAACAAUUGUUUAAUAUGUUCAAACUUGUUCAAGUAACUUAUUCAACACUCAAUGUGUUAAAUGAGAAAGAUGCUGCUGACUGUUCGACAGCUUGAUAAGUUUGAUGUGCAGCCAUAGAAACACAAACAAGUGAAAAAAAAUUGCCAUUUAAAAACCACACACCAGUGGCCUCGUUUAUAAAGCGUGCGUACACACAGAUUAAUAUUAUAACAAAAUGGAAGCAAUUAGGAACAACAGCAACUCACCCACAAACGUUGGUAGGCAAAGAAAAAUCAAUAAGCGGGGUCAGCGCAUGCUAAGGCUCACAGUGCGCAGAAGUCUGCAACUUAUGCAGUGUCAAGGCUUUCGCAUCCAACACCAGUGUCUGACCUUACAAAGGAAAGAAUGGUCAAAAAUUCCCACAAACACACUCCUAAACCUUGUAGAAAGUUUUCCAAGAAGAGUUGAAGCUAUUGUGGCUGAAAAGGGUGGGCAAAGUCCAUAUUAAACCAUAUGGAUUAAGAAUGGGAUGCUUUUCAGGUUCAUGUGCAGGUCCCAAAACUUUUGGCAAUAUAGUUUAUCUUCAUAUGAUGUAUCAGGACGCUUCUUCAUUUCAUUCUUCCACUGGGUCACACAUGGCAGAUGUAGUCAAAUUAAACCGUUGUAAUCAUGUUUUUUGCGUGCUCUCACAACACUGUUUUCUAUUGGCCAGCUAUUUAAAUGGAAGUCUCACACAAAAAAGGGAAAUAUGUCAAAAAAUAUGCAGGCCAUGUGAUUCCUGGUUUGUGUUGUGUCUUUUUCUGACUGUUUGAUGUAUGCAUUGACUAGGUUUAUAUUUAAUCUUUAUUAAAUUCAGUUUGAAAGCCCUGUCAUUGUUUUGGCCUAAAGCUCGAACACAUUACAAGCGUAAAGUGACAGUCAACAUUGCACAGACAUAAAUAAUACAAAAAUAAAAGAUUUAUAUUAAUAUAUUGCAUUACCUCGUCUUCCGUGACUGUCUGUUGCUGGUUACAUGAACACAAUUAAGGCGCAUACUCAGUACUUACAAAGUUUGACUGCGUAAACUUAAAUAUUUUAUUUACAAAAAUAUUACUGAAUAUUAUUAAAAAA